UCGACUCGGGGACAUGGAGACCCAGAGGAACAGCCUGUCCUGGGGGCGCUGGUCGCUGCUGCUGCUGCUGCUGGGCCUGGCCAUGCCCAUGCCUCCGACCGCCGCCCAGGCCAUGAGCUACCAGGAGGCAGUGCGCCUGGCUGUGCAGGGCUUCAACCAGCGCUCCCUGGAGGCCAGCCUCUACCGCCUGCUGCAGCUGGAGCCGCAGCCGCAGGGCGACCCGAACCCAUUCACCCCGAAGCCCGUGAGCUUCACCCUGAAGGAGACGGUGUGCCCCAGGACGACACGGCGGCCCCCGGAGGAGUGUGACUUCAAGGAGAACGGGCUGGUGAAAGAGUGCGCGGGGGCGGUCACCCUGGACCCUGACGACGGCUUCUUUGACGUCACCUGCGACGAGAUCAGGAAUGUCAAGUUCAACGCCCGGAAGCUGGGCGAACUCAUCAGGAGAGGCGGAGAGGGGUUCGGGAGGAAGGUCGAGAAGAUUGGCAGGAGGAUCAAGGAGUUUUUCACGAACCUCGCGCCCCGGGAAGAAGAGGCCUGAGGGUCCGUGUGGCCCGGCUCCGGCCCCUGGGCUCCGACCACAACACCAGGCCUCACCCGGACCCGGAUCCGAUGGAGAAGAGGAUCCAUUACAGAGCUCAGCCCCGGCUCCGGCCUCUGGGCUCCCACAAUAAAUCCUGGAAAGCAA